AUGGCUUCAACACACAAGGCCCACCUCUUGGACGUCUUUGUCUACGGCCCUGACGAAACACCGCCGCUGCAUGUCCUCGCUGGGUGUCCGUACUUUCUGUUGACCAUUGCCCAUGUCCAGCUCGGACAUUUCGUGUGGCUCCAUGGCAUGGGCUUUACCGGCUGCGUGAUUUACACGCUUCUCUCAUUUGGCUCGAUUGUGCUCGAUGGCCUCGCCAACCCGAGCCUCGGGAAGAACCUCCAAACGCUCCGCUGCAACGGGUUUUCCGACACGCUCACCGCGGCCCGCAUGUCGCUCAACUUGAUUUCGAACGUUGUCAUGACGUGGCUCGUCUUCCAAGAGCUUUGCGGUCCAGACGCGGUUGCCUCGACCUUGCGUCUCGGGUCGUACUCGCCGUACACGCGAUUGCCGCCAACAUUGGUUUGA